UGACACACACAGCCCCCUCUCGCUUGCCACGCACACCACCAAAUCGCCAACCAAAAAGCAAACCCCCGCGUCUUCUCCGAUCAGCUCCGCUCGCUCGCCGCCGACGAGCUCGCCCCGCCGCCGACGGCGACGGCGCAUGCUAGCUGCGUAUAGCCCGCGGCGGAGAUGAGGUCAUCCAGCGAUUGCAAGGUUGUGGCGGCGGCGGCGAGGAAGAAGGAGAAGGAGGCGGCGGCGUGGCCGUGGUCGCUGUGGGGGUUCCUCCUGACCGGCUGCCUCGGCGGCGGCGGCGGCGGAGGGAAGAAGAAGAGCGGGGGGAAGAAGGUGCGUCCCCGCGGCGGCGGCGGCGGCGGCCUGCGGCGGCUGUCGUUCACGGACCUGACGGGGGCGGCGGACCAGGACCUGUCGGUGUCGCUGGUGGGGUCCAACCUCCACGUCUUCACCGUCGCCGAGCUCCGCGACGCCACCCGCGGGUUCGUCUCCGGCAACUUCCUCGGCGAGGGCGGCUUCGGGCCGGUCUACAAGGGCCUCGUCGGCGACGGCGUCAAGCCGGGCCUCCGCCCGCAGGCCAUCGCCGUCAAGCUCUGGGAUCCCGAGGGCGCCCAGGGCCACAAGGAAUGGCUGGCAGAGGUGAUCUUCCUUGGCCAGCUUCGGCAUCCCAACCUGGUGAAGCUGGUCGGCUACUGCUGCGAGGACGAGAACCGCCUCCUCGUCUACGAGUACAUGGAGCAUGGCAGCCUCGAGAACCACCUCUUCAAACAGAUUCCUGCAGUGCUGCCGUGGUCGACCCGAUUAAACAUCGCGGUUGGCGCCGCGAAGGGUUUGGCGUUCCUCCACGACGCAGAGAAGCCGGUCAUCUACCGUGACUUCAAGGCCUCCAACAUCCUGCUCGAUUCGGAUUACAAGGCGAAGCUGUCGGACUUCGGGCUGGCCAAGGACGGGCCGGAGGGGGACGACACCCACGUGUCGACGCGCGUGAUGGGCACCCAUGGCUACGCCGCGCCGGAGUACAUCAUGACCGGCCACCUGACGGCGAAGAGCGACGUGUACAGCUUCGGCGUGGUGCUCCUGGAGAUCCUGACGGGGCGGCGCGCCGUCGACAAGACGCGGCCGAACAGGGAGCAGAGCCUCGUGGAGUACGCGCGGCCGUGCCUGCGCGACCCGCUCCGGCUCAUCCGGAUCAUGGACCCGGCGCUGGAGGGGCGCUACUCGCCGGCGGCGGCGAGGGAGGCGGCCGCCGUCGCCUACCGGUGCCUCAGCGGGAGCCCCAAGAACCGCCCCGACAUGUCCGCCGUCGUCGACGCGCUCGAGCCGCUGCUCGUCGCCACCGACGACGUCCCCCUCGGCCCCGUCGUGCUGUUCGUCGCGCCGGAUCAGGAGGCCGACGCCGCCGCCGCCGCCGACGACGACGAGGACGACAAGGCCCGGCGGCGGCAGCGGCGGACGCGGAAGGACGAGCAGCACCGCCGCCGCAGCCGCCUCCGGACGUCGCCCAAGGGCAGCCCGAGGAAGCCCGCCGUCGCCGCUGCUUGCCGGAACGAGGAGUUCUGGGUGUGGCACGUCCCCGCCGACCACAAGGCGUGAGCGAGUGACACGUGGCGCGUUGCAUCGCACGCCAUGUCAGCCGCCGCUUUGCUUUGCUCCACGUGUGCGACGAACAUUGUGUGUGUGUGUGAUGAGGUCUAGUAGUAACACUGGUGAUUUGAUUAGGAUUUGCAUGCAUCCCUGUACUCUGUUUGUUUCAGUGAGAUGCAGAGUGAGAGAGCGAUCAAUUCAUAAUUCACAGCACAACGAAGAUCAGAUCAGAAAAUAUCUUAUCAGGUCUCGUCUUCUUUAAUCCAACCCUUGUUUGAUUUGAUUGGUUGAUCCCUUCGAAAGUCAAUUUGCAUUUGACAAUGGCAGAUACGGAUGAACAGAUCGAUCUCGACGAUCACAUCAACCUGGAUUAUUUUUCUUAUUACCGGCCGUUGACAAGGCAUUGGUAUCUGACGAGGUCUCUUGCCGUGUAGUUAGUUUUAGAGGUUACUGUCGCCGUCGUGCCCUCGCAUGCAACGUGUUCGUCCGACGACACGACCCGGCACGGGCGGCGGCGCCGACUUCGCGACGCCACGCUGUCUUUGACCGGCUCCGACGAGCGCCCGCCGUAUAAAGAAAGAAAGGGUCGCGUAGCUGAUAAAAGCACGGUGUCCAUAGCUAGCUAGAUCGUCGUCGUCGUCUUCUUGCAGGAGAAAGAUGGAGCUCCCACUGCGGUGUUUUCAUGGCGCUAAGGUGGCGGCGGUGGCGGCGGCGGGUGAUGGCGGAGUCGCCGGCCGUGCGGCUGUUCCGGCGAAGGGCGGCGGCGGCGGCGUUGCGCGGGGGGUGAAGGUGGUGGUAAGAGGGCUCGUCGGCAAGGCCGGCAAGGUGUUCGGCCGGUCGAUCCCGGCGGCAAGGUUCGGCCACCUCGCCUACAUAAGGUGAAGGCGCAGCUGCGUCCUGAAACGUCAGUGAUCUGAUCUUCUUCUCCUCUCUCACUCUCUGCCAUCGAGGGAGGUGUGCUUUGUACUAGCUUUUUUCUUCUUCUUCUUCUUCUUCUUCUUCUUCUUCUUCUUUUUUUUUGUUUUUGGGCCAAUGAUACUUUGUGCUAGCUAGGUGCUCGACAAAAUGCGUCCUUGAUUGAUGCUUGGUGAUUUUCACUAGAUCUGUUCAUACGACUUGUAAAUAGUAGAACAUGCUAGGUACAAGGUACUUUUCAGAUUACACUGUUCUUCAGUUCUUGUACUUAGUACGUUUUCUUUUUUUUUUCUUCUUCUGUAUGAAAUACGCUCGUAAUAACAUCGAUCUUAUUAAGGUUGUUUAACUUUUUGGUGUUCU